AUGGCAGCAAGAACAGCGAUCAUGUCGGCGAGAAUCGCAGCGAGGGCUGUACCUCGAUCAGCGGCCGUUUCUUCAGCGGCUCAGGCAUCGAGGUCAUUCCGCGCCGCCGCUAUCUUGCGAGAGGCCGCACCCCAGCCAAAAGUUUCCGAGACGCCCUUCUCCGAGCCGGUCGGGAUCAAUCCCGCCGACGCGACCCGCGAUCUGUCCUCCCCGCUCCAUCAAUACGGGCAGUACCUCACCACCUGCCUCCCGAAAUACAUUCAGCAAUUCUCCAUCUACAAGGACGAAUUGACGCUCUACGUCCCUCCUCAGGCGAUCGUCCCGGUGAUUCACUUCCUCAGGGAUCACACCCAGUGCCAGUACAAGUCCAUCAUGGAUAUUACCGCUGUCGACUUCCCCACCCGGCCGAACCGAUUCGAGGUCGUCUACAAUCUUCUUUCCGUGGCGCACCAAUCCCGGAUCCGCGUCAAGACAUACGCCGAUGAAGUCUCGCCCGUCCCCUCUAUUGUCGGCCUCUUCGCCGGUGCCAACUGGUACGAGCGGGAAGUGUGGGACAUGUACGGAGUCUUCUUCUCUGGUCACCCGGAUCUCCGUCGUAUUUUGACCGACUACGGAUUCGAGGGCCACCCUCUGCGGAAAGAUUUCCCGCUCACUGGUUACUCGGAAGUGCGGUAUGACGAGGAGAAGAAGAGGGUGGUGUAUGAGCCAUUGCAGUUGACGCAGGCGUACCGAAACUUCGCCGAUGCCGCUUCACCAUGGGAACAAGUCGGUUCCGGUGACCCGACGCACCAGCCCGGAAACUUCAAGAUCCCUCCUCCACCGCCACCUGCAGAGGAGAAGAAGGACGGCAAGAAGUAG